CCAAAGAAAAAGUCAGACUGACAGUUGAGCGUUUGUCAUAUGUUGAGUCGUGUCUCCAAAAUGGGAGAAAUCGGUGUACGAGGGUAGACCGAUAAGCUCAGUUCAUAACAAAGGGUCAAGGAACGUGAAUAAAAAAUAAUAUUGGGUCGAUGAGAAUUUCCACAUCCUUUCCAUCCUCCCUUUUAGGCUUUCAAGUUUCAUCGACUGUUAAAAAUCAAUGGUAUCGUCGGUCGUUCGAUCCACGUGUAUAAAUUAUUUAUUUUUCAGCGGAUUUGUUUCUCUUGUUACAUUCUCCAUCACACAUCACAUAAAUAUAGAUGUUAGACAUUACAUUUGUUAUGAUUCCUAAAGCAUAUCCACUAAUCUCGGCCUAUAUUUUCAUAUUCAUAACUAAAUUACCGAUUUCAUGUUUUAUGCGUUGUAGCAUCUUUAAAGAAGUAAAGGCAGAUUUCGCAUCGCCGCACAUAGGAGGUGCGAAGGUGGGUGGUGAUGUGGUGAUCCCGUAUGUGUAUGUUUUUACCAUCGAGUUUUUACCAAAAAUCAUUUUUUCUAGAAGAUAAAAGUGUGAUAAAAGUUUGCAUAUUUCAGUGAUACAAGAUAUAGUUAAAAAAAAUCUGGAGGGCUCAAACAUGCCGGUACCAAGUGGGGCAGGAGAACCUACAGUUGAGGACUUGCCAGUUUCAGCAGCAAGUUCUGUAGAUGCAGAAGACUGUGAAGAGGAGCAAUCUGAUGCAAAUGGAGAUCAGAAUGCAGAAGCUGAAAGUGGUGAGAGUUCGAAUGAGAUUGUCAUAAUAGACCCAGAUUGUACAGAGCUAGACUUGAACCAUGGUCGUAUCAGAAAAAUACAAAAUCUGGAACCAUUAACUUGUAUUGAGCGAUUGUAUUUGAGAUGGAAUUUGAUCACAAAGAUUGAAAACUUGGAUACUCUAGUGACAUUGAAAGAGUUGGAGUUGUAUGAUAACCAGCUGACUAAGAUAGAGAAUUUGGAUGCACUUGUCAAUCUUGAGAUUCUUGACCUAUCAUUCAACCGAAUAAGGCAUAUUGAGGGUUUGGAGAAUCUGAAAAAAUUAAAAAGAAUAUUCUUAUCCUCAAACAAAUUUACUAAAAUAGAGAAUUUGAACCAUCUUGAGAAUUUGGAGCUUCUAGAACUUGGAGAUAAUAAAUUGAGGCAAAUUGAAAACCUAGAUGGCCUGAAAAAUCUGCAGUACCUGUAUCUAGGCAAAAAUAAAAUAACUGAAAUCAGUAAUGUGGACACCUUAACUAGCUUAACUUGCCUAAGCUUACAAAGUAAUAGGCUUACCAAAAUCGAGAAUUUGAACAAUCUGAAAGAACUGACUGAGCUGUAUUUGUCGGAAAAUGGUAUUGAAAAAAUUGAGAAUUUAGAUGGAAAUACGAAACUGGAGACACUGGACUUGGCUCAGAAUAAAAUUAAAGCAAUAGAGAACAUCUCACAUUUGGAGAAACUACAAGAGUUUUGGAUAAAUAACAACGAGAUCUCCGACUGGAACACUGUCGAGUGCCUCUCGGCAGUGAAGACCUUGGCAACAGUGUAUCUGGAGAAGAACCCGGUGGCCGAAGAUCCGAUGUACAGAAGAAAGUUGAAGCUGAUCGCUCCAUCGCUCACACAAAUUGACGCCACGCUCUGUCGUUGAGGAUCUCUUCAUUGGUAGAUCAACGAACAAUCAAGUCACACAGCAGCCAAGUCGUAAAGAAUCACAGAAAACAGGGUAUAGUCUAGGUCGUCAGGAAAAGAAUCACACACGGAAGUCCAACAACAGCCAAGUCGUUAGAAAUAUCAAAACAGCGAGCAAACAAACACAUCCGAACGCAACAAAUCGCAACAGCAGAUUGAAGCGAGGGAGGGAAGGGGGUGACUAGUCUUACUUAUCAUACUAUUCCGGUGGCGAAGUCCGAUGUUCGCGGCUCUAACUGUUUCUUUCACUCAUAUCUUUGUCAUUUCUAAACCGGUUUUUGAGUUUGAUACCUCAUUUGAAAGGUAAUAAAACGUAGACAUUUUUAAAUUGUUUUGCACGAAAAAUUGGUAGGUGAUUGUUUCUAGUAAAUUGAGUUUUUGAGAUGAACGAAGUUUUUUUAACAAAAAUUUAACUAUUUUGAAGCUUACUACAUGAGAUAACGUCAAUAAUGUACAUUUGAGUAUCAAUUUUCGCAUUUUAGAAUAUUUUUAUUGUAAAACAAAAAAAAAAAACAAAUGAAACACCCAAUUUUCCAGUUUUAUGACUUGGUUAACGUAUAAAGGACGUUAAUUUUAUGAAAUCUUAAAAAUUUGUAUAAUUCGAAAACGGCUAAUUUUCGGACAGUAGUUCCUAUAGUAAAACCGACUCAAAUUGGCUUGUACUAUCUCCCCUCACCGGCUCCGCAUCUAUUUUCCCGUCACGCUGUAUAAAUGCUUAGCAAUAUAUAGCUUGCCACACUAAAAGUAUUGUGGUAUGUUGCUACUCAUUUUGCUCAUUUAGGGUCUUCAUUACAUAAAUUACUACAAUAUUUCUAUUGUUAUAUGUUGACCAAGAAAUUCAAAGAAAACUUGGAGAACAUUUGACUACUAGAGGUAACUAAUACUAUUCCAUAUUGUUUAUUGUCAAGUUCUUACGGAAUUGUUUUUCUAAAAAAUGCAUUUCUUUUACAGAUGUGGUACAUGAGGUCAUUGUCAAAAAUAUUUUUGGUUAAUUUUAGGUCAUCAUACGUAAAAUUUUUGAAUAUGAGAAGAUAGUUUAUGACAGUCCGUGUACAGCUUCAAAGCGUGUUUACUACCAACAGCAAAAUGUUUAGUACAUGUGUAAAAAAAACUUUGGUGCCAUAUUUUUUGCAGCAGCAAAACCUACAAAAAGGUCCCUUACAAAAUCAAUGCUUUCUUUACGUGUCGUAUACGACUUAAGACUGACAAAAAAUAAAUAAACGAAUAAUUUUUUUGAAUUGUCCAGAAGUGUUUAUUUAAUAGCAUACGUGCAUGUUUCUUGUAUCUCAAUUCGAUGGUAUUAUAGUGUUUAACAUCAAACACAUACUUACAUAAGUAAC